AUGAGAAGGAUACCAAUUGACGCAGGACCCAGGCUGCUACGGCUUCGCCUGCUCCUACCUCUGCGUCUGCUCCUACCGCUCCUUCUGCUGGUGGUAGUGGUACUGCUGACUGCAGGAGGAGUAGCCAAAUGUGAACUGCCACACGAGGGAGUGAACCAUUUAGACACACGAAACAAAACUGAGGAACGUAUUAUGGAUGUCCUAAACUCAGUUAGCGUUGGUCAGUCCAUUAAACGAGAAAGGAUCCUACUAGACGACGUGGCAAACUAUAUACAGUAUUUGAAAGUGCUCAGCUUGGUAGCCCCGCGUGAGAAUGUAGAAGGAGACGCUGCGGGGGAGGGCUUCAUUAAUGUCGAUACUACUGGGAAGGGAGCCACGGAAAAGCGAAGAGUUCACAUGGUGUACUCCUCACAGGGGAACAAUUACAAAAAUAAUUUAUACGACGUGAUGAGGGAAGUCAAUAGG